AUGUCGCCUGCCGUUUCACUAACAGCCACCAGCUUCGGGAAGCUGGUCGACGACACGGGCCGAGAAGUUGCUGUUCAAAAAUUCACCUGGCAAACGGUCGCCGGUCUGCGGCUUUCCGUGCUCAACCUUGACGCAGCCAUUAUCGAACUAUCUGUGCCAGAUCGUAGUUGGGAAUCGAUCGCGAACGUGCUGCUCGGUGUGAACAACCUCGAUCAGUACUUGCAGCUUGAUCCGGCGCUCGUUUCCUGCGCUCAAUUCGAGCACGGUUGGCCAAUCCUCACAGGAAACGGUCCCCGGGAGGACGAAACCAAUCGCUCUAACCAAAAGGCGGAUUUCCACCGAAUCUGGCACCCGUUCGUGGAUGAAACGCGACUCCAUCUGAGCCUGGUGCGCAAAUCACCGACGCAGAAUCGAAACACUUUGGCCACCGUCACCAUCUCGGUGGAACCAUCCAACGUGGUUCGAAUCCGGUAUCGGACCUGCUGCACUGUCGGUGGUCUGUUCCGGCUCGCACACCGGUUCUUGUUCAAUCUCGGAGGUUGUGAAUCCGGAGCCCAAGGCACCUUCGAGCACGUGGUGCAGCUAAACGCCGACUCGUACGUCGAUGAAGGACGCAAUAUACGCAGCGCGAUGGAAAACGUGACCGAUUUACGUAUUGCGCAGCAUCUCGGGCUCGCCUUGUAUCGUGCCGGAAACGAAGGCAUCGAUGGAGCGGCUCGGUUGCGUGGCAUUUACCAGCUCAACAGCGCAUCCGAGGAAGGAUACGCCCUGCGGUUGAUCCACACUGGCUCUGGUCGGGCGCUGGAAAUGUAUUGCGAUUUUCCCUGGCUGCACUUUUCCACCCUCGACGAGUUGCCACCGGGAAAAUGCACGAUCGUACCGUUUUACCCCCGGGAAGGACUUAAGAGGGUAUCGCUCAUUUUCGAUCUUGACCAGUUCGUCCUGUCGGUGGUCGAUGGGAUCGAGCCGGAAGUUCCUGAAACAGACGACCAAGAUAAGCCUUCUGGACAGGAUGAAUCGGCCCCAGAGCCCACCGCACGAUCAGACACUUUUCUUAAGAACGAUGGGAUUCUUAUACACCCGCUGGCGUGUCCGUUCGUCAUGAAAGGACGACGAAAGCAAGAGGAUUCGCCCCACGCACGGUGCCCACUGCAAUUUAUCGGACAUGUGACGCUGAAGUUUGGUAUCUGUAAGGCGCUUUCACCAGAGGAUACCACCGGCCCCAAAUUAACCGGAUCAAAAUGA